AUGGAGUUCAAAUCUUUGAAUCAGUUUAAAGUAGCUGUGAGGGAUCAUGCUAUUCGUAAUGGAAGGCAAAUUAGGUUUGAGAAGAAUGAUGGUGUUAGGUGCAGGGUUGAAUGUAAGAAAAAAUCUGAGAAUAAAUGUCCUUGGCUGAUGCUUUGCAGUAAAGUGGGAGGAAAACACACAUUCAGUAUCAAGACAAUGCAUGGACCACACUCAUGUCCGAGGGUUUUCAACAACAAGUCUGCAAAUAGUAAGUGGGUAGCUAGCAAAGUGCUUGAGAAGGUGAGGAUGACAAGGAAGCUGAGAUUGUCUGAGGUGGUUGAUGAGGUCAGAAUUGGGUUUUCUACUGGAAUCACUAAAUGGAAAGCUUGGAAGGGAAGACAGAUUGCCAUGGAGAUUGUAGAGGGAGAUUCAAGCAGACAGUACUAUCUUCUGUAUAGGUUCAGUGCAGAGCUAUUGCAAAAGUCUAAAGGAAAUACAUGUAAGAUCAAUAUUGAAAGGUUGCCUGGAACACUACAGUUCAGGUUUAAGAGAUUUUACAUGUGCUUGGAGGGUUGCAAGAAGGGUUUUAUUAGAGGGUGCAGGCCAUUUAUAGGUCUUGAUGGUUGCCACUUGAAAACACAGUAUGGGGGGAUUUUACUGUGUGCAGUAGCCAGGGACCCCAAUGAUCAGUAUUUUCCCUUAGCAUUUGCAGUUGUUGAGUCAGAAUGCAAGGAGAGUUGGAGAUGGUUCCUUGAGCUCUUGUUAGAUGACAUUGGCCCUGAUAGGAGGUGGAUCUUCAUAUCAGAUCAACAGAAGGGUUUGCUGACAGUUUUUAAUGAGCUACUUGGAGGGGUUGAGCAUAGGUUCUGUCUGAGGCAUUUAUAUGCCAAUUUUAAGAAAAAAUUUGGUGGAGGAGUUGUGAUCAGGAACUUGAUGAUGGCUGCUGCAAAAGCAACCUAUCACCAGCUGUGGACAGAGAAGAUGACAGAGCUGCAGGGAUUGAAUCCAGAAUCUUACACAUAUCUGAUGCAAAUACCUACAAGGGCAUGGUGCAAACAUGCUUUCACAUUUUAUCCUAAAUGUGAUGUGUUGAUGAAUAACCUGUCUGAGUCAUUCAAUGCUACAAUAUUGUUGGCUAGGGAUAAGCCAAUUCUGACAAUGGUUGACUGGAUAAGAAGCUACAUCAUGGGGAGGUUUGCUACCAUGAAUGAAAAGCUAGAUAAGUACCCGGGGGAUGUGAUGCCAAAGCCAUUGAAAAGACUAAACCAUGAGAUUGAAAUGACUAGAUACUGGGUGCCUACAGCUUCUGGGCAAAAUAAGUUUGAGGUGAAGAACAUGCUGACACAGGACCAGUUUGUUGUUGAUUUGGAGAAACACAGAUGUAGUUGCAACUUCUGGGAGUUGGUGGGGAUCCCUUGUAGGCAUGCAGUUGCUGCCAUUUCACACAAUAGACAAAAGCCAAAAGAUUUUGUGAAUGCAUACUAUAGGAGGGAAGCAUAUAGAGCAACUUAUGGCCAUUUGAUAACUCCCAUUAAUGGUCAGAAAAUGUGGUCAACAACCAAUGAUGAAUACAUCCUCCCUCCCUUGUACAAGAGAGCACCAGGGAGACCUAAGAAACUCAGGAGGAGAGACCCACAUGAGGACACACCUGAAAAUCACACAAGGUUGCAUAGAGGUAGGGUUUCAAGGAACAAGUGCAGUCGAUGUGGAGAGUUUGGCCACAACUUAAGAAGCUGCAAGAAUCCAUUUGUUAGCCCAGAAUCUCAACCUCCUGAAAGUAGCAAUCAAGGUGCUGCAAGACCAAGAAGCCAGACUGCUAAGAGGGUGAGGACAAACUCAGUAGCUAAUGCAGGGUUUUCUGAAGUUCCUGAAAGUAGUACUCAAGGUGCUGCAAGAACAAGAAGGCAGACUGCUAAGAGGGUGAAGACAAAGCCAAGAACUAGUGCUAAUGCAGAUGCUAGCCAAGUGAUUGAUUCAACACAGCCAGUUGGGAUGGUAAGGAAGAAUACAAGAGGACCUUCAAAGAAAAAAGGAAAAACCUCAGUUGCAGCUGCAGAUCAAACACAUGGGGGGAGUGUUCAGGUCACAGAAGGUGUUGCUGCUGUUGCAAGUACUCAACCUGCAGAUACUGCUGCAAUCCCUCAUAGCUCUCAGCUCCAGGAUCAAGUUGCAGAUCAUGAAGUCAAUGAUGUUGGAGUUGCUGGUCGUGUAGGAGGAGCAAAGAAACUCAAAAAAGGAAAAAGAAUUGUGAAGGGUCACUUUCUGUAUUUCAUUGGAAGCAAGAAAGGCAGGGAAAAAAUGAUAAACAAAUGA